CUUGUCAGCAAGGGCCCCCGCUGCUCAUCUCAUCUACUCUCCGUCAUCGAGGCUUCUUCGACGUGAAUGCGCGGGGGAGUUCCGGAGUACCCGGAACUUAUCAUAGAGUGCAGUGGAAGAUUGAGGUCGCUCGUCAUUCUUUGUCGGUGCGUUUCUUCACGGCGGGUAGGCAAAUUUCAGUGCCCCGCACAUAUCUCCACACAGCUGCAGAAACUCUAUCUAGCAAGCGUGUGUCAUAGCUCCACUUCUUAAAUUGUGCCCUAUAUACACUAGAGAAGGAAAUC